UGCUUGGUUGGAGGGAAUGGAAAUGAGGAAUGGGAAAGGGAUUGAAAGUUAGUGUUUGGAAUGUUAAUAUUUGGAAUGGGAAUGGUGGGGCCCACGGAUUCAAACCCCCAAAUAUGGGAUUUGGCCAUUACCAAGUAAAAUGGGGGGAAUGGGAAUGGUGGGGUCCACGGAUUCAAAACUCCUCAUUCUCAUUCUUACUUCAAUGAAUCUCAUUCCUAAUCUCAUUCCCUUCCACAAACCAAGCACCCCCUUAAAUCAUUUCCCUUAUCGGAUUCAAGGAAGAGUAAACAAUCCGAGUGCGGAUCCUAUAAAAAGCAACACCGAUGCGCAGGCUCAGUGUCAGUUGCUCCCAUGGCUUCUUCCUCCUCAACGUUCUUGGUCUCCUUUCUCCUCCUCUUCUUCUUUCUGCCUUAUUCCUACACCUCCAGUAUCUUCCGAGAAUACAUCGGCGCCGAGUUCUCCGGCGUCAGAUUCUCCGACGUCCCCAUCUCCUCCGGCGUCGAGUUCCACUUCAUCCUCGCCUUCGGCAUCGACUACACCACCUCCGACUCCCCUACUCCUACCAACGGCCACUUCAACAUCUUCUGGGACAAUCAGAACCUGUCUCCCGCCGCCAUCGCUGCCAUCAAGCGCGCCCACCCCAACGUCAAGGUCGCCCUCAGCCUCGGCGGCGACUCCGUGGGCGACGGCUCCGCCUACUUCGCGCCCGACUCCGUCGACUCCUGGGUGAAUAACGCUGUCGACUCGCUCACCUCCCUGAUCCAGCAGUACCACAUCGACGGCAUCGACGUCGACUACGAGCACUUCCGGGCGGCGCCGGACGCCUUCGCGGAGAGCAUCGGGCAGCUGGUGACGCGGCUGAAGGGCAACGGGGCCAUUUCCUUCGCCUCCAUCGCUCCGUUCGACGACGACGAAGUGCAGAGUCACUACAAGGCGCUUUGGAGGAAGCACGGCGCGGUGAUCGACUACGUGAACUUCCAGUUCUACGCGUACGCGAGCGGAACGACAGUGGCGGAAUUCCUAGAGUACUUCGACGAGCAGAGGAACAACUACAGGGGAGGGCGGGUUCUGGCGAGCUUCAACACGGAGGAGAAUCCCGGCGGGCUGACGCCCCAAAACGGCUUCUUUACCGCCUGUAAUCAGCUGAAGAAGCAAGGGAAGCUCGGUGGCAUCUUUGUGUGGACCGCUGACGCCUCAAUGGGCAAUGGAUUUAGGUACGAGCAGCAGGCCCAGAAAUUGUUGGCCUCUGCUUAAACCUGGUUGAUUUGCAAAUUGUUACUACUGCAAGCGAUUGAUCGAUAACGACUUCAUCAUGUAUCACACUUUAA